GCACUUUUAUAUCAUAAAUUUAAAAUUAUUUGCAUUACUUUUUAGUUUAUAUAACUUUAAAAAGUUUUUAUUAUUAUUCAACUGAUUUAAGUUAGUGGUUACAUUACGAAUGUUUGUUUCCUUUAAUGCAAGUUCUUUAUCAUUAUGUAGAUAAGAUUUGUUGAAAUGUCCACUGAUAUAAAAAAGUUUCAAGUUCAAAACAUACAUCCAACGGCUUACUAUAUAUCGGAAUAUAUAUCAGCGAGCGAGGAGAGUUCAAUUCUAUCAAAUGUGCAUGCGGCACCGAAACCAAAGUGGACCCAACUUUCAAAUAGACGGCUGCAGAACUGGGGAGGCAUACCUCACAGUAAUGGCAUGAUAGCAGAAACAAUACCGACCUGGCUUGAUCACUACUUAGAAAAUAUACACAGACUGGACGUAAUGGGCGGGAAACGACCUAAUCAUGUUUUAGUUAAUGAAUAUUUACCAGGGCAAGGCAUUAUGCCACAUUUAGACGGGUCAUUAUUUUACCCAACUAUCACAACAAUAUCCGUUGGUUCACACAUCAUUCUAAAGUUUCUCGAACCUCAGCAAGAUACAAGUAAAGUGACUCCAAUAUUCUCAUUACUUUUAGAGCCGAGGAGCUUGCUCAUUCUGCAAGAUAGUCUGUUUAGUAAAUAUUUACAUUGUAUCGAAGAGUUAAAGGAGGAUGUACUCGAUGAUUCUGUAGUUAAUUUGAGCAUGUGCUCUGAGAAAUAUGUGAAGGGAUCAACAGUUAGUAGAAAGGCUAGGAUAUCUUUAACAAUAAGACAUGUUCCUAAAACAACUAGUUUUAAAAUUAAUAUUGGUAAUAAAAGAUAAGAAAUCA